AAAAAAACAUUUUGGUCAAAAAAUUUGUAUUUUCGCAUGGAAAAAACAAAAGAGCUCGAAAUCCCGCUGAAAAUACCAAACCAAAAACAAAUGAACUAAAACCCUAACCCCCUUUAUACCUCAAAUUUCCCCUUUCUGAUACCCAAUUUGUGCCAUACGAAUUCGCAAAAUCAAAACCCUUUUGUGCUUUGUGCGUUCAACUCUGUGUUUUCAUUGCUCUGUUUGAAUUGACAAAGACGGAAGCUUGAAUUUUGGUCACAAUGUCAAUCAGAAAAGUAGGUGAAACUCAGCCUCAGCCUGAGGAGGGUGGUUCUGCACAAACGUCACAGCCAAUCCGCAUUUCCAAGUCUGCUGAAGAUAGCGACAAGAAGGGGACAAACAGGAGACUUAAGGAUGUCGAGAUUUGUGUACCAAUAGUGUAUGGGACAAUCGCAUUCUAUCUUGGUAGGAAGGCCAGUGAGUCUCAGUCCCAUAAGUGGACGGUUUAUGUUCGUGGGGCAACAAACGAAGACCUUGGGGUGGUGGUAAAGCGAGUUAUAUUUCAAUUGCAUCCUAGUUUCAAUAACCCUAUGAGAGUGGUUGAUUCACCGCCAUUUGAAUUAACAGAAUGUGGUUGGGGUGAAUUUGAAAUUUCCAUCAGUCUGUUCUUCCACAGUGAUGUCUGUGAGAGACAGUUGGACUUGUUUCACCCUUUGAAGUUAUAUACUGAAGACGAAUCUGGGCCCCAGUCAACCAAGAAACCUGUUGUUAUGGAAUCUUACAAUGAAUUAGUUUUCCCUGAUCCUUCAGAAGCCUUUGUUGCUCGUGUGCAGAACCAUCCAGCAGUUGUAGUGCCCCGUUUGCCUGCUGGUUUUAACUUGCCUAAUCCUGAAUCGAUUGAUCACGUGAAUGAAAAGGGACGAGGGGACACAAAAGAUCAUCCCCUUAGUCAGUGGUUCUUGAAUUUUUCAGAGCCUGAUGAGCUCUUAAAACUUGCAGCGGCUCGUCAGGAGGUGCAAGCCCACAUUGUUAACGUGAGAAGAAAACUGAGUAUGUUGGAUGGAGUGCCCCAGCUGUCCAAACCACCCUCUGGAUACGAAUAUACAUGAUCAGGGUAGAUUAUCCUUCAAGUUUCCUCAGCAGUGUAGAUCACGGAAGGCCUAAGAACGAUUAUUGAUGUAAACAUGUGUAUUGUCGCAGUUGUGGGAAUCUCCAUUUCGUUUAAAUCUCUCUUUUGGAGCUAACGGAAGUGAAGUGUAGGAACAACAUUGGAUUGUACCCAGCUUAUCAUCAGGCAAGAAUUAGAAGUUUAUGUGCAUGGACGUCUAUGAAUGUAAAAACAUGUAUGAAUGUUCUUAUGCAUAUGUAUGUGCAGUUGUGUGUAUAUUUUGAUUAAUCCAUUUCUGACGUUGAACUAUCAGAAGCCACUUAAGAUAUGACUUAAAUGAAAAUGUACGAUGCUCGGUUUUCACUGCUA